UUGGCGCUGAACAGAGGGACGGCCGUGCAGGACGCGCCUCCCACACGCAGCCCUGUGUCCCCAAGAUGGCGGCCAUGCUCCCGACAGCCAGACCCAAGGUGCCAGUAUCUUUUGAGGAUCUUGCCGUGUACUUCACCAAGGCAGAAUGGAAUCUUCUGGAUCAUAGACAAAAGAAGCUGUACAAGCAAGUGAUGCUAGAGAAUUAUGACAAUUUGGAGUCAGUGGGAUUGUCGUUCUCCAAGCCUCAGCUGGUCAUCCAGCUAGAGCAAGGAGAGGAACCAUGGGUAGCAGAUGUCAACAGGAUCACCACAGGGAUGCAGGCAGGUGACAGGAUGAAUAGCAAGCUGACAAUUUCAAAGGAGAAUAAUUGUCCAAAAGAACUCCCAGGGGCCAAUCUUCAGGUUGGCAACAUGGGCCAGGUAGCCGGGCAGUCAGAGGAAACACUUGAGCACAGACAGAAAAGUGCCUGUUGUCCACAGACAGGUUCCAGCAGGGGUGACCCUCCUGGGGAGAAAGACCAAGGCAGCUCCCCAGGUGAGGGAAGAGAGAUGCAGGGAAGCAGCUGCGGAGGUAGGCAGGAUUUGGUUGUAAGGGAGCCGAGUUUCAAAGACAUGGAGAGGCAGUUCGUGUGUCAGCAGUGUGGGAAAUCCUUUGCCCGGAAAUCCAACCUCGUCAAACACCGAGUCAUCCAUAAUGACGAGAAGCGCUUUAAGUGUGGCGAGUGUGGGAAACUCUUUCGAUGCAACUUCUCACUCCUGGAGCACCAGCGCAUCCACAGUGGUGAGAAGCCCUAUGUAUGUGGCGAGUGUGGAAAGGCUUUCACACGUGGCUCCAACCUCAUCAAGCACCAGAUUAUCCACACUGGCGAGAAGCCCUAUAGGUGUGAUGAGUGUGGGAAACGCUUUGGGCACAACUUCACACUCAUAGAGCACCAGCGCAUCCACAGUGGCGAGCGGCCCUAUUCCUGUGAUGUGUGCGGCAAGGCCUUCAGCAGGAGCUGCAACCUCACUGAGCACCAAGGCACGCACAGCAGUGAGAAGCCCUUCAUAUGCAGCCAGUGCACAAAAUCCUUCAAGGGCAUGUCCCAGCUCAUUCACCACCAGCGUGUCCACAAGGGAGAGAAGCCAUUAUGUGGCAAGGAGUGUGGAAAGGCCUUCUGGGGGCGCUCAGGCCUCAGCCAGCACCAUGGGGUGCACACCGGUGAGAAGCCCUAUGAGUGCAGUGAGUGUGGGAAGACCUUCAGCCGGCGAUCCAACCUCUUCAAGCACCAGAUAGUGCACACUGAGGAGAGACCCUACAGGUGUCAAGAGUGUGGGAAGGCGUUCCGCCACUGCUCUGCCUUCCUGAAGCACUGGCGCACCCACAUCCGCCCACAGCCCUGUGCCUGCGGCCACUGUGAUGACUGCAACCAGGCCUCCAAGGAGAAACCACAGCCUGACCAGCAGCCGAGAAUUCACCAGAACCUCUUGGAGGGGAACAGCUCAGAGAUGGAACCGGCCUGCCUGGGCCUCCAAAGAGCCACUGCGGAGUCCCACCCGGAGAAUGAGAAUCACCUUCAAGACUCCAGCUGUGCCACUGCCCCCAGCACCGCCAUCUGACUGGGUGCUCUGCAGGAGGGCUGGCUUUAAGAUGAGCCUUCCUAGUCCCCCUCCCUUCCCUCACUGAUGAUGCAAUUGCAGCCCAGAGACUGCACCUCAGACUGGCCCCUUUGCACAUUUGUAUUCCUCAUUGGAGCAGCUGAAAGUGCUCUUGCCCCUUGUGCCUGGGGCCUGCGUGCUGUGGGUGGGAGGGAGCGAGUGCCUUGAGUUAAGUAGUAACCCAUAUCAUCUCAUGGGGGCCUUCACUUCAUCCCAAGUCUUGUUAGUGUUUUCAGGUAAGAAGACAUGAAGAGCACUUUAAUCCUUUAAAAGCUUAGUAGUGGGAGGGACUUGACAGCAUUCAAAAUUGUGGGCUCCACAUCAAGGCUGUGGCUGGACUGUGACAUCACCUAAAAUUCAUCAGAAAUGGUCUGAGAAAGGACUCAGGGACUGCAACAGUGAAUUGCUCGUGCCCACUUUGUGUGCCCACUCAUCAGCCCAUGGAGAGAGUGGCAUCUCCUUGGGGGGUAAAGCACAGGACACCCUGCUUUUGUGCUGAGCAGUGGCCCAUACUUUUUCCAGGCCAUCUGACUUUGUGCCUGAAAGUCACAGCCUCCCACGGGCACCGCCAGCUGCUUCCAGGAGAAGCAGCACCCAGGACCCAUCUUUUCGGAGCUCAGGGGAUUUGGGGGGAUGGCUUCCCUGGGCCCUUCGAAGAGGAUGAGGCCUGGGGACUCUCGGCUUCCCCUCCCAGAGAGAAGAGCCGUUGGGCUCAGGUCCCUCCCAGCUGCCACCAGCUGCUCUGCUGCCUUUCGUCUUCUACCUGCACCCCGGCUCACCCCACCCACUGCCUUCAGAUUCAGCCUGCAAGGGCCAGGCUGGCCUGUCUGCUCCUCCUCCCCACUCUCAGUGCCUAAAGCACCUAGCCUAAGUUGCUUCUCCCCCUGAAACAACAGCCCCUCAUGCCUGGUGCUGAUCAGGAGGAAAGCAGGCUGGGUUAGGAAUUUGCACAGAGCAAGCCCAGUAAUGGCUCUCGCUUUCACAUGAUGUUUGUUACAAUAUUAGAGGUUCAGUUGCUUUCAGUAUUCCUGCAUUCAGGUGUAAUGUAAGUCAUAGUAGAAACUUUUGCUAUAGGGGAGUGUCAGGGAAUCGCCCCUCAAAUAAGAAUCCUUCCAACCCUCUCAGAAGACCUCAGGAAGGAGAAAGGGGCCUACCUCAGGCCUGACGGCCAGUUCGCUUGCUGGCAAGCCUGGCCCGUCUUCUCACUCCCUCCCCUAUCCCUGCAGAGACAGGGUGAAGCCUUCAAAUGGCACUUUACUGCAGGCCACCCCCUGCCCACCUUACCCACAGAGACUCUGCAGGGAAGAGUUCAUGCUUCCUGGGGGGAAGCUGCUGGCAGGUCUGGAUUGUUCUGCCCACACUGUCCCCAGAGCUUGGACCAGGAGUUCUGCCCCCUUGCCCUUCUCAGCCCUGCAUCCUGGUUGGCUCACCACCUGCCAGCCCCCUUCAGCACCCACCAGGGUCUUCGGCUCAGUCACACAGACUGCCAGAGGUCAGGCAGGUGGUGGGUGUGCUGGAGAUUUCCCCCACUGGGGCUCGGAGAAGCACACACUUCCCCUGCCAGAAACUGGGCUUGGAAGUACAGGGCUCCUGCACAUGCUGCUUGGAGCGCCCACUGCUUGGACAACUCUGGAAGUGAGAGUGAGAAGGAGAUAGAGAUCAAGUCGUUUCAUACAGUUAUAUGACCAUCACUUGUGCACAUUUGUGACUUAGGAAAAGUUCUUUAGUUGUUGUAACUUGCUUUUAUUUCAGCCUCCUUUUGCUCUGUGUGUCACGUUGUCUUUGAGCCCAGCAUUUAGUAAAUAUUUGUGAAAUGAAUCUUGUCCCCUUAGCACAUUGACCUCAGGUUUUAGACCACAGUUGGCUCCAACCUUACCUUUUGGCAGUGGAAAGUAUUUGCAGCUUUGGGUUUUCCACUAGAAAAAGACGUUUUAAAGGAGUGUUGUCUUUGAACUCUGUGGUGAGGU